AACUGGUCCAUCCAAGAUGACAGGAAUUACUCUGGUUCUUUUGUUUCUGGCGUUUCCUCUCUGUGACACAGAGGAGCAAGUUGUCAACGAGCUGUACACCCUUAUAGACAAGGGUCCACAGGAUCCUGCACCAAGCAACCAAACCAGGCUGGUGGUCAAAGAGCCCACCCUGCCCAUCAAUGAGCUCUUGGAGAAAAGCAGCAAGUCCAGUGAGUCUAAGAUAAACUUCCACCCAAUGCCAUCCGCUGUGUGGCCAAAGCACAGCAACCUGGCCCCAGUCCUCCGUCACCACGGCCCCAACAAUAAGAGCAAAAAGGGGCACAAGAGUGACCGCUUAACCGAGCACAACAGUGAGAAAAACAGGGGGGAAGUUGCCGGUUUGUUUCCCAAAACCCAGCUGACAGGAGCCACAAGUGCCGGCUCCAAUCGCACAACACAGAAAAUCAGUCAGGACGCCCAGACCCACAUCAGCCCUCCUCAGCAGAGCGAGCCGGAAGGACAGCCCAACUCCAAACCCAAGACCCCAGCUCAGACACAAACACCCGUCCAGCCGCAUCAAACAGCUUCUUCACCUCGCAGAGACUCCUCCAACCGACGCCAGGACCCAGAGGAGAACCGGCCCGGGAGGUCCGGCCUCUACCAGUCUGGAAUCAGCUCCGCGGCCUGGAACAACAGCCGCCCGCCGGUGUUUUUUACCCGGCGGCCCUCCAGCCUGCUCUACCAGUUUGACGUCCUGAGGCGAGAGUCUGACUACACAUACGAUGCCUUCUGCAUGAGCGAGUGCAGGAAGGAGAAGGAUGAGAGGGAAUAUUACUGCUACAGUGAGUUUGCUGUCAAUGGGAUUGUCCAUGACAUCGAUGUUUUGAGGAAAGGAGUCAGACUGAUCACGCUGAUGGUGAGCGCUGACGGCUUCUACAAGAUGAGUCGUCUCUACGUGACCCCAGACAGCUUCUUCUUCAAGGUUCGCCUCCUGGUCCUGGACACCUUCAAGUGCAGCAAGCCCUGUCCUGAUAUCAAGCUUGGGGCCAGAUACAUUGUAAUGGGUCAGAUCUACCACCGGAGGCGCCACCUUCCCAGUGACCUCCUGACCCUGCUGGCUGGCAAACUAAAGCCCGGGGAUGGCCUCCUGCGCAGCAGCAACUACGUCAAAAGGUUCAACAAACGGAGACACCAGAAAGCUCUGGAGGCUGUCCGCUCCAGGUGUAGGUGAACCGCCGACGAGAAUAUCGCCCCCUGCUGCGGGGGAAGAGACUUCGCAGCCGAUCUUACCCAACCCUGUGGCACUGUGCAAGAGGGGAGGAUGUGGAGCGGAAGUGGAGGUGCUCUCAUAUGGACCGCUACCAUGUAUCGUCAUACCGCCUUUAUCUAUGAAGUUCCCAAAGAACUGAACUGAGCUGGGCCCUCUUUGAUGCAAGCGGGAUGCAGCAAACUACUUUCUCGGGGGUUUUCAAUGCACAAACAGCUGUCAAACACAGAUAAUACUGACUAGAAAUAAUUAUUCUGCCAUUGUUUUUGGCGCCCGAUCUAGCCUGGCGCCCCCCUGGGCGUCGAAUUUUAGCACAUACCCACUUCUUUUGCGCCAAUGGAUACAGGCGAUUUUGGCUAACUGGACUCCUCCUCGUGCCGGCUUGGGACUCAAGUGCUCCUUUCUCACGCUGUCUCCUGAGCUCAACUCGAAUCCAACUCUUCACGCGUUCAUGGCUGGUACACGAAGUACCAGAGCUGAAUGGGUAUCACUUUCCCGAAGAGACGCGAAGCCGCUCCAAAGCAUGGCACCAAUGGCCCAUUUGUUGAAUCCGCUUCGAAAUUUGGCAUUGGGAAAAGACUCUUGUCUGUUUUCCACAAUAAUCGACACAGCGUAGGAUGCUGGGACGGUUGAGCGAUGCUUCCACUUCCUGGACAGUAAAUCCAGAUAGCAAGGUUUAAGAAUUGUUGCAAAUUUUUCCAGAAUAUCAUAUUUUCUGUCGUUAUUACUCUUUUCAGUUGCCUUGACUUCAAAGAACUGUACUGCGACUUAAAACAACAACAAAACGGGUCAGCAGAUCUUUGGACUGGAGGAAUCUGAGGUCCAGACAAACCAGAGGCGACAAAUCAUGGCGGACAGUGGAGAGGAGGAUUCAGCUGGCUCUGAGAGAGGCUCCGCUUCCUUUCACUUUUAAUUACGUGUCCGCGGUGAUAAGUGGGCCCAGAAAGGUGGAGGUCCAAACACGGCGACGAGGAGGAGUCGUGGGCUUCACGGCUGGGACCGGGCCGCGAACCCGGAUCGUGGGAAUGUGAUCCUCCACGCGCCCGAGAGGCCGCGGAGAGAGCGACGGAAAAAUAUAAAACCGAGAGAGACCGAGGCAGCGUCGAGUUUUGUCGAAUGAGCUUGUAGCGGGGGAAGUCACUUAAAUAAACUCUCGCCCUGUCUUGAAGAAAACCACGCGCUUCCUAGGUGAGAAACGCGUCAUUAAUCCUGGGGACGGAGGAGAGCGCGCGAGUGUCAUACAGAGGCCUUGGCCGUCACGGGUUCGAGUCCCGGCCCUCUCUCACAGCUUCCUGUUUCACUGCCGUCAAAAGAAAGGCCACUAUACUGGGGGGAUAGGGGAGACAUUUUUAAACACAUUAUUAUUAUUCGCAUCAUUACAUGCUACUUACAAGAAGUGCCGUCCCUCAAAACAGGGCGCGGAAAUUAACAGCCAAAUUCUGCUGGAGAGAACCUCUCCACCUCCUCCUCCUCUUCUUCCUCCUCGCCCCCCGCAUGUCCGUCAUCUCUGGUCAGUUCCCAGGCUCCACGCAGCCUCUAUCAGCGAUCAGCGCUGGAGGGAACAGGCGCAUGAGGCGGGCAGGAAACGGGAGCCUGAUCCACACUAUGGUCACUAUCGCAGCGGGAGGACAUUCCUCAUCACAGAACAUGAUGUGAAGGAGGGGUGUGUGUGUGGGGGGUGCGUGUGUGUGUGUGUGUGUGUGUGUGU